UGAUGGACGGGGCUGGUGGCCAAUGGAUAGGCGCUGGCUGCACUUCCUGUCGGGGAGAGAGUGUAACCUGCCGAAGACCUGCGAUUACGUGUUCAAGCUGCUGCUGAUCGGGGACUCGGGGGUGGGGAAGACCUGCGUCCUGUUCCGCUUCUCCGAGGACGCCUUCAACUCCACGUUUAUCUCCACCAUAGGAAUGGACUUUAAAAUUAGGACCAUAGAGCUCGACGGCAAGAGAAUGAAGCGGCAGAUACGGGACACAGCCGGUCAGGGGCGGUUUCGGACGAUCCGGACAGCCUACCGCAGGGGUGCGAUGGGCAUCAUGCUGGUUUAUGACGUCACCGACGAGAAGUCCUUCCACAACACCCGGAACUGGAUUCGGAACAUUGAGGAGCAUGGCUCUGCAUAUGUUGAAACGAUGAUGCUCGGGAACACGUGUGAUGAGAACCACAAGAGACAGGUUUCCAAGGAACGGAGAAAAGCUGGCCCUCGACUGUGGAAUCGAGUUCACGGAGACCAGCGCGAAGGCCAACAUCAACGUGGAAAACGCAUUUUGCACUCUUGCCAGAGACAUCAAAGCAAAAAUGGACGAAGAAUUGGAAGGCAACAGCCCCCAGGGGAGCAACCAGGGAGUCAAAAUCACACCAGACCUGCGGAAGAGGAGCAGCUUUUUCCGAUGUGUUCUUCUGUGAGGGACACCGCCUUACUCUGAGCCUCGCUCAGCCCAGCCGACUGUGCCUAUUCUGAGUGAGCCCCUCACUCAGCCGGGGCCCUCCCACCUCCAACGCCCCGCCCGCGCCGUGGCCACUGGGCCCACGGCCACCAGAAUGCAAUUGAGAAAUCGUUUAUUUUAGUAACUGAUCUUUUUCAACUUCGGAGAUGGAAUAAGUUAAAAUUGCUAUUUUUCCUGUAAUGUCUGCUGAAUGGGCCCACCCAGAUGUUGUGUGUCCAGAGAGAGAGGGAGUUAAGGUGCGACCAUCAACCAUAGCCAGUGUCAGGCUUCUGUCUCUGGGCCUUUGCUUCGUUGCCUCUCUGCGACACAAACCCCACUAGGAGGCUCAGUCACAUCCCCCACCACAGAAGUGAGGUCCCAGAAGGCCAGCAGUGGCUCCAGGAGCAACUGGUCCCAUACCCUGAGCAAGGCAACCAACCACUAGGCCCAGGAAGCAUCACCCAGGAGGUCUGGCACCCACUUCUGCCUCUUCUCUCAGUUUUGGGCAAAUGACAAGAAACCAUUUUGCCCCCUCACUCUUCUUAUUUCACUGUUAAACCAAAGGAAAGCACAAAUUAAGGAAAUCCUGUGUAAAGCAUUGAGAAGGAAAGAAGCCUGGAGCAGCCUCUCCUGUCCACAGUCCCAUCAUACCCAUCUGCAGUCCCCAUCGAGCAUCAAGGGGACACUGUGUCUGCUACAAAUGACCCCGAAAACACAGCCGCAGCCGUCGCGUGGUCCUUCUGAACUCAGAACACACUCUGCUCAGCACCAAAAUGGCCCCCACCCUUUCGCUUCCUCCCGCUGUCUCCAAAUCGGACGUUCUUUCUAGCUGAGAUUUUUAUUUUUCCAGAUCUGUAGUGCCAUGAAGCGAUUCCGUCUUUAACUUCCAAUGGCAGACCCGGGUUAUUGGGAGCAAGUGUGUCGUACCUCUGGCUAGACGUGGCCGAGACACGAGGCAUUCCAUGGCAGCAGGCUGACCCCACAGCAUUCCGGGUUGAUUUUCAGCCAUCAUCAUUGGGUUCUGUUUUGACAGCUCUGCUGUCCUGUAGAGACUGCGAUUGGGACCAGGUCACCAAGCCAGAGGGGUGUCACUUUUUUUCCUUUCCUUUUAUCUUUUUUUUUCCUCCUUAAGCUGCUGUUGAUCCAAACCAUUGGUAUCAUAGUUUCUUCUUUUUUUGAAUUAAAGCCAACAUAUCAGUAAUAGUCUGCUCUCCCCCGGAAUUUAACAUGCUCUGUUUACAUCAAUAAAUGCACUUAAGGAAAACAAACAAACAAACAAAAAAAGAGGACACUGCUGCUUUGCUGGGGCUUAUUUUAAGCACACAAUAGGAAACACACACACCACACUUCACAGACAGAAAGGGCAGGAAGAUUAGCUUGUGAGGAUCUUAGUUACUGGCCUCACAUGAUAUCAGGAAAUCCAGUAAGAUUUUGAUCUUAAGAGAGUCAGAUUGAUGUGCUUCUGCCCGGGAGUAAUAAUGACGGAAAACAGCCACCGGGAGUGUUGCCUUAACAUUGGACUCAUCCCACUUGAUAUAAGCAAAUUAUUUCCUUAACCUUCUGGGUCCUGUUUGAAAAGGAUCUUAAACAUGACUUUGAGGAUUGAUUUUGAAGGACGAAACAGGUCCCUUUACAGAUAAAAUAACUCUGCUAAUCUAAAAACUAUAACAUGUUUUACUGUUCAUUCUAAAACAGUGACUCUAGGUGGACACCAAAUAAAUCAAUCAUUUUUUAUGCACUGGUUUAUGAACUGAAGGAAAAAUAAGAACUUGGCUUAUUACAGGUAUCAUGGGGUGACAGCUUUAAAGCAUUUUAUGCUGGGGUUAGGGAGUCCUCCUGCCCUUGAGUCUACUAGCACAUUCAGCUUUACAGAGGAGUCUUCUGGUGGCAAAGUGAGGGAGCACACAACCCUUCUGUGGUUUCCUGCGGACACACACAUUUACAACUGUAGAUUGCUCACAGGGUCAUGGCAUUUGCCAGCCAUGGGCAGGAGAUAAGGCUUUCUUAAGAGAGAAGCAUUCAACCAAGAAAUGAGUCUGUAAUAUUCACGAGAGCUUGUACUGUUGGAUUGGAAAGGAAAUCAAGUGUAGUAGCCGAAAUUACCUGCUGGGAAGUAGGUUAUAGAGCUGAUUCUAAGAAAACCUUAUCGCAUAACUUUUGGAAGUAGUGGGUUAAUCCGUUAUGUGAAGUCAAAUCUAAUUUGGAAUGUGGAGGAAACAACACCCCUAGAAGAGGAAAGAAUGUGAGAUGAUUGAGACACAUCAGCCCUCAUCUUGAGUGGCUGCAACCACAGGAUACAGAACAGAGCUGAAA